UGACCUCCCCUCUCCCCCCCCCACAGCCAUGGAAGCAGAUUCCCCCUUGAGCUUCAGUUCUGCAGCCGCAGGACCCAAACCGGGACCGGCCGCAGGGGAUGGACCCUUCACCCCUGGCUUCACACAGGGGAAAGGUGUCAACGGCACCAUGAGCGUCAAUGGCUUCCCCAGCGCAUCGGGGCCGCUGGCUCCGAGCUCCCAGCCCCUGCGCCCCUAUGAGUGUCUAUGGGACUGCAGCCCCUAUGGCAGCCUCAAGGACGGGCGCCCGUCGACGCCGCCGCUGUUCCCGCUGCCGGAGCCGCGCGCGCCGGAGCUGUGGGGCAGCGGCUCCGGUCCCGUGGCCCUUGGGUUUGAUGCACACGAGCUCUAUGAUGCCUUCCCCGAGCAGGGCUUCGAGCUGAUGCCCAACGGCCCCAGUGGGUUCUAUGGGGCAGCUCAGCCCUUCCCCGAGGAGCCGGGAACCGGUGAUGGAGGUGGUGACACCAAAGAGAUCCCGACCGCGCUGGCGGAGAACGGAGGGGGGCUCGUGGGCAGCCUGGAGCUGGAGGAGGCGCAGCCGGAGCUCAAGAUGUGCAGCUACAAUGGGGCCGCCCCCGACGCCUCCCCCCUGGAGGACGCCCCCAUCCUGAGCGAGGACCCCCUGGAGCCCUUCGGGGCACUGGGCACAGACACCGGCCCUGGGGAUCUCUAUGCCAUGGAUGAGGUCGUGAGCGACAAAUCCCCCCUCGAGGACCCCCCCGACCUGCACGAUGGCUCCUUCGGCCUCCUGCCCCCCCUGCAUGAGAGCAGUGUGGAGCUGAACAGCAGCAGCCACGUGGGGCUGGAGGAGUCGGGGUCCCUGGAGCUGGACCCCCCCAUGGGCACCCCAGAGUCCCCAGCCCCAUCCGAGGAGGAGGAGGAGGAGGAGGAGGAGGAGGAAGGUGCCGGCAGCAGCCCCGAGGCUCCAUCCGCACCAGGGGCUGCGGCACUGAGCUCCUCAGCAUCAGGGGAUGCCCCACGCCGCCGCAUCGCCACGCAGGAGGAGGUGCGCUUCCCACUGCAGCACGGGUGGAGGCGCGAGGUGCGCAUCAAGAAGGGGAACCACCGGUGGCAAGGGGAGACCUGGUACUAUGGACCCUGUGGGAAGAGGAUGAAGCAGUUCCCGGAGGUGAUCAAGUACCUGACCAGGAAUGUGGUACCUGACGUGCGCCGGGAGCACUUCAGCUUCAGCCCCCGGAUGCCAGUGGGAGACUUCUAUGAGGAGCGGGAGACGCCGGAGGGCCUGCAGUGGGUGCAGCUGAGCCCCGAGGAGAUCCCGUCCCGCAUCCAGGCCAUCACCGGCAAGCGCGGCCGGCCCCGGAACACCGAGAGGCCCAAGGCCAAGGAGGCUCCGGCAGCCAAGCGGGGCCGGGGCCGACCCCCCAAGGUCAGGAUGCUGGAGCUGCUCAGCAAGACGGACGCGCGGCUGCUCAAGAGGCUGGAGGCUCAAGAGGUGCUGAGCGACGAGGACAAGGUGAAGAUGAGCAAGAUCAAGAAGAAGAUGAGGAGGAAGGCUAAGAACAAACAGAAGCAAGAGGCCAAAGCUCCCAGAGCAAAGGAGGCCAAGAAGAAGGGGAAGGCCAAGGACAAGAAGGGCAAAGCAGAGAAGGUCAAGGACAGAUCCCGGCCCAAGGAGCAGAGGGGCCGUGGGGCUCGGAGGGCAGAUGUGGGGCAGGCAGCACAGAGGCGCCUGGAGCAGCGGCAGCGGCAGCAGCACAUCCUGGAUGAGAUGAAGAAGCCGACGGAGGACAUGUGCCUGGGGGAUCACCAGCCGCUGCCGCCGCUCUCGCGCAUCCCAGGCCUGGUUCUCUCCGGUGCUGCCUUCUCGCGGUGCCUGGCGGUGCUGGAGUUCCUGCGGAGCUACGGGCGGGUGCUGGGGCUGGAGCCAGCCCGGGACGUGCUGAGCCUCAGUGUGCUGCAGGAGGGGCUGCUGGGGGUGGGCGACAGCACCGGGAGGCUGCAGGACCUGCUGGUGCGGCUGCUGCGCGCCGCGCUCGGGGACCCCGGCCUGCCACACUACUGCCAGUCCCUGAAGAUCCUGGGGGAGAAGGUGUCUGAGAUCAGCCUGAACCGGGACACAGUGUCCGAGAUCCUGCGCUGCUUCCUGACGGCUCAUGGGGCUGGUGCGGAGCUGAGCGAGGGGCUCAGGACCAAACCCUUCCAGGCGCUGCCUCCGGACACCAAAGCCUCUAUCCUGGCGUUCCUGGUGGAUGAGCUCAACAGCAGCACCCUCAUCAUCAGUGAGAUCGACAAGACCCUGGAGAACAUGGCCAGCUACCGGAAGAACAAGUGGAUCAUCGAGGGGCGGCUGCGCAGGCUGAAGGUUGCCCUGGCCAAGAGGAGCGGACGCCCUGAGUCGGAGCUCACGGGGCUGGAGCCCGGACGGCGCCGGAGAAGCUCCCGUCUGAGCGAGGAUCCGGCGCUGGAGAUGGAUGAGGAUGAGGAGGAGCCUCGAGGCCGCCGCUCGCGCCGGGAGGAGGAGCUCGAUGCCUCCGGCUCCAGCAUCCCUGAGCUCGAGCGGCAGAUUGAGAAGCUGGCCAAGAGGCAGAUGUUCUUCCGCAAGAAGCUGCUCCAUUCCUCGCAGACGCUGCGUGCAGCAUCCCUGGGGCAGGACCGGUACCGGCGCCGCUACUGGGUCCUGCCCCACUUGGGGGGCAUCUUCGUGGAGGGCGCCGAGGCGCCGGAGCCCCCGGAGGAGAAGGUGCCGCCGGUGAAGCCGGAGCCGCCGGUGAAGCCGGAGCCGGUUCCUGUGCCCAUCACCCACCGGGUGCCCCCUCCGGCAUCGCGGUCCCGGGGCCGGCCCCGCAAGAGCAAGGAGGAGCUGCCCCAGCACUGCGGGCCCCGGCCCCCCCCGCCCCUGCUCAAUGGGGCACUGCAGGAGCCGGUGGCCGUGGGGCAGAGCCAACAUGACCUGAGCCAAUCGGCCUUCCUGUCCUGGCUGAGCCAGACCCAGUCCCUGCUCCAGGGCUCUGUGCUCACCCCUGACAGCAGCCCUGGUGCAGGGACCCCAGCGCCCGAGGCCACAUCGGACCCCACCGAGGAGGAGGAGGAGGAGGAAGAGGAAGGUGCCCCCGAGGACAAGAGGGGGACCUGGUUCCAGGCCCGGCCCCGAACCCCCCUCACUGCCCCCUCGGCUGCACAGCACCGGGGGCAGCACCAGGGCUCGGGCAGGCAGCUCAAUGGCCUCCCCACCGAGGACCCCUCGGCUCCUUUACUCGCCUCCACCCCAGUCCCCGCGGGCUCCAGGACCCCCAGUUCCUGCCCCAGGGCCCGGGGCAGCCUGGACCCUGCGGGGGGGGCACAGCCCAAGCGCCGGGGACGGCCCCCGACCAAGUUCUUCAAGCAGAUGGAGCAGAAGCUGCUGACGCAGCAGACGGAGCAGCCGGUGCCCCCCGAGAUGCAGAGCGGGUGGUGGUGGCUGCAGCACCCUGAGGAGCUGGAGGCUGUGGCUCGGGCGCUGCACCCGAGGGGCAUCCGGGAGAAGGCUCUGCACAAACACCUCACCAAGCACAAGGAGUUCCUGCGGGAGGUCUGCCAGCGCGCCAGCACCGACCCCAUCUUCCACCCUCGCCCCGAGGCGGCCGGAGCCGCCGUGUCUCAGGAAGCCCUGACCCGGUGGUCGGUGAUGGAUCGAGCCUACGAGACAGACCUGGCUGUGCUGCAGUGGGUGGAGGAGCUGGAGCAGCGCGUGCUGAUGGCCGACCUGCAGAUCCGGGGCUGGACGUGCCCCAGCCCGGACUCCUCGCGCCAGGACCUGCGGUACUGUGAGCACAAACUGGAGCCGCUGGAGGACAUCACGGUUCGGGGCCGGCGGGAUGGGAACCCCCCGCGCCGGGAACGCACCAACCCCCUGGACCUGGCGGUGCUGCGGCUGGCGGCGCUGGAGCAGAACCUGGAGCGGCGCUACCUCAAGGAGCCGCUGUGGCCCCUGCACGAGGUGGUGGUGGAGAAAGCAGUGCUGAGCGGAGCCGAGGAGCUGAGCGUGGGCCCCACCGAGAUAGCCUACGAGAUCACACCACGGGUCCGGACGUGGCGGCAGACGCUGGAGCGAUGCCGCAGCGCAGCUCAGGUCUCCCUCUGCAUCUACCAGCUCGAGAAGUCCAUUGCCUGGGAGAAGUCGGUCAACAGAGUGACCUGCCUCGUGUGCCGGCGCGGUGACGAUGAUGAGCACCUGCUGCUGUGUGACGGCUGCGACCGCGGCUGCCACCUCUACUGCCACCGGCCCAAGAUGAGUGAGGUGCCCGAGGGAGACUGGUUCUGCUCCGUCUGUGUGGCGCGGGCAGGGCAGUACCAAGACCCCAUCUCCCCUCGGCGAGGCAAGAAGCGGAAACGUGGCCGUGGCUUUGGGGGGACCCUGGCAGAGGAGGAGGAUGAGGGGAGCCCCCGGCGCCGGCGCCGCCGCGAGGCACUGCCCGUGCCCCGAUGCCCUGGUGAGGGGCUCUCCAAUGCCAAGCGCAGGGGGGUGACCCUGCGGAGCCAGCCCAGUGACCUGACCUGCUGCGAGAUCAUCCUGAUGGAGAUGGAGGCGCACGAGGAUGCUUGGCCCUUCCUGGAGCCAGUGAACCCGCGGCUGGUCCCCGGAUACCGCAGGAUCAUCAAGAACCCCAUGGACCUGGGCACCAUGCGCACGAGGCUGCUGCGGGGAGGGUACUCCUGCCCCUCGCAGUUCGCCUCGGACGCUCUGCUCGUGUUCGACAACUGCCGCACGUUCAACGAGGACGAGUCCGCGGUGGGCAGGGCUGGGCGGAGCCUGCGCCGCUUCUUCGAGAGCCGGUGGGCGGAGCUUAAUCAGGGAAACCACGUGACUGACCCGUGACGUCACCGGGGGGGGAUCCCCCUUGUUCUACACACCCCCCCCCACCUCACCGGGGGGUCCC